GGCACCGUCUCGCUGUACCUGCCCAAAGCGCGUAGCCUCAAGCACCUGACGGUGCGGCUCGUCGGGCGGUACGACAUCGGCUGGCCCGACUCGACGCCGUACGAGAGCGGCGUCUGCCUCGAGCGCACCGUCUCGCUCAUCCAGGGCGGCGAGGCGGCUCAACUCGGCAAGGGCGAGCACACAUUCGAGUUCAUCAUCAUCAUCCCGGCCAGCGCGGCGUGCUACGAGCGAUGUCAAUACGGGCGCGUGCGGCACAUGAUCACGGCCAAGGCGAAAGGGCUCGGGCCCAUGGGCGGCGACGUCCUCAGCAACGAGAAGCCCGUCUUCCUCAUCGUCAACCCGGGCCUCGAGGACGUCUCGAAGCCGCCGCCGCCGCUGCACCUCAAGUUCGAGGGCAGCCUCGAGGAGAUCGGCCCGUACUCGAUCGCGAUGCAGUCGGCCUACUGCAUGGUCGGAGGCCUCCUCCUGUUCCGCCUCAACCUCCUGUUCCCGCCAACCGACCUCCUCAUCUACUCGAUCAAGGUCAAGAUCGUCCAGGCGUUCCAGCUGCGCUCGCCCGUCGACAAGGACCACGCCGUCACGCCGCCGCCGUACGCGCAAAGCGUCUUCAUCCUCGACGCGACCAACCCGCCCAACUCGGCCAAGAUCUCGGAGGACAACGCGCGAGGCGCCAAGAGCGGCAUGCAGACGCCGAGGACGGGCCCGCUCAAGGCGCUCCGCAAGGACGAGAUGUACCGCCUGCACCACCUCGCACGCCUGCCCAACGACAACCACAUCCGGCCCUCGACGCAGGAGGGCACGGUGACGCCCAUCGCGUGCCACCACACGAUCCAGUGCGAGAUCACGUACCGGCCCAUGACCGAGGAGGAGUCGAACCCGCCGCCAUUUGACGCGUCGGCGCCAGGAGGGAGAAAGGCGGGCAAGGAGAAGGAGAAGAACGAGCCCGAGCGACGAAAGGUCGUCAUGUCGAAGCCUGUCGACAUCUUUUCGUGCUGCUGCUUCCUCGAUUCCCUCACCCUCCCCGUCUACUCGCUCCUCGACCCCAAUCCCGUGCCGCUCGACGCCGAGCUCCAGCUCCCCUGCGUGUGCAGCUACACGAUGAAGCAGUGCGUUCUCGCACUCGUCGAACUACACGCGACGCCGCUCCUCGUCGAGGGCUCGGACGCGACGAUCGAGUACGUCGCCCAGCCCAAGCCCGAGGGCAUCAUUCCCUCGCCCUCGCCUCGCCUCACCGAAGAGCCCGGCACCAUUUUCGAGGAAGGCGAGCCCAUCACGCCCGUCGAAGAGGACGAGCGAGGACGGUCGGCCUCUCGGCGCCCUCAAGCGUCGCCGCCAGGCUCGGGCGGCAGCAAUACGCCGGCGUCGGCGUCGGCGCCCGGCUCGCGCGCGCCGUCGACGAGCAGCUUCUUCCGCGUCGGGUCGAGCAGCGACAGGCUGUUUGCCAUGACGGGUUGGCGCCAGCCGUCCAUGUCGCGCGAGGGGAGCCGGGCCGCGAGUCGGAACCCGAGCAGGACGAGCAGUCCGUCGAGGGCGAGGCCGCAGUAG